UGCCGACUUUUCUAGAGAACCAUGGAAAUCAGGUUUUCAACGAUCCGGGCGACAGACGAACAAUCGGCCUAGCUCAACACGGCGAGGGGUGAUGUUUCGGGACGGCGUGAGCCAGAACUAGACAUGCAAGCCAUUUGCUUUUCCCAACUUGGGCGCAAACGCUGUGAGAAACUCGACGGACCCAAGAUUCUGCGCCUUUCUUCACGGGUUGUCAAGGGACUUUGGUGCAGGCUGACCCCAUCCUUCUGGCGGGGGUCGCAAAAGCGAAGCUAUUCACACUCUUGGAGCAUUUCAACAGAAUGUAACCUCACCCUGACCACCAGCACAAGCAUCAGCACCGGCCACCUCACCGAACCCAUAUCAAAAGCGUCCAUACAGGGGGGCGAUGGUACCUCGCCAUUAAGCUACCUGCAAUCAGAUAGGGCCGCCGAGGAUCGAGACCGCGUGGAGGCUGGAGGCUUGUCUCGAAAGGCCUCGAAAGCAAGAUUCUUGCUGCAUGGCCAUGACUACGCCGCGGCGACUUCUCGUCAUUUUCUCACGCAUCGUGACUCGAGAGGGAUUUCAUCUACAUCUCGCAACAUCGGACCAUAUUGGCCUAUGCUUCUAACCUUUCUCUUCCUUACCGGGCUUGUUGCACGUAAGCCUACCCUGUCGGCCGUUGGCUCCCACAUGAGCUACGUUGCCCCGAGGCGUGGGCCGUCCGCCCGCCGGGCACUAUGGAUGAAAGUUGAAUCUAGCUGCCGUAUGCGGAUGUGCCGUCCAGGGCGAGGAAGUAAGCGGGCGUUUUCCACAAUGCCCCAGGACCGCAAUGCCGGAUAUGGUACGAGGCAGAGGAUGGGGGGAGUUGCGCCCGUCACGUUCCCCAUUUCAGCCACAGCCGACAGCAUGUCGUUGGAGGGGUUAAUGAUUAGACUAAAGAUGUGCUCCGGGCGUGGCCAGCAAGGCGUAUAAGCGGCGUGCGUUUGAGUCCCUUGGAAGCUCACCCUCCUGGUCGGAGAAUAAAGGCAAGCUCCUGGAUGGAACUUGGAACUUGGA